AGCGGUUUGCUCUGUUUUCUCUCUCUCUCUCUCUUCCCAGAUACCGGAGAGAGGAAAAUCAGCCAUGGCGAAGCUGUUCUCCCUUUUCAUCUCCUUCUUUCUUCUCUCUCUUUCACUCUCUUAUGUUCUUGCUGAUUCCCACUUCGAAGGAUUCGAACCAGAAAUCGACGACCUCGAAGAUGAUGAUCUUUCUCUCCCCCUCACUGAUCUCCCUCUCCGUCCCUCUCUUCUCACCAAGUCGGACCCUGAACCUGCUGGAAUUUCUUCACCGGAUCGUGAUUCUGAUGUACCGGAUCCGGUGGACGAGCCGUUGGAUUCUCAAUCUCCACCCUCCGUCUCCGAUUCUCCGAAGCCGUCUCCGACCAGCUUCAGUUACUGGGAUGAGGAUGAAUUCGAAGGUUUGCCGAUUGAACAACCACAAGAACCGGCACAACAAAGCUCCAAAUCCGCUGAGGAUUCAGCCUCCACCAAUCCGAACUCUGAUUCAAAACCUACCUCUCCGAUUCCCGAACCUGCGAAUGUUCGGAAGUCGUAUACUGUUGAAAUUGUCUGUGGAUCUUUCUUGGUGAUUUUUGUGAUCAACUAUUUUACUGGAAAGCGUGAGAACGAGAACGUCGCUCUAUCGUGGGCUUCGAAAUUCGCGACUAAGGACUCCAUUUUUGAGCGGAACUUUAGUUUGUUGGGUGUGGGGGAAGGUGAGGACUCGCCUUUGCUGUUGAAAGAGGGACAGAAUAUCUUCAAAUUCUAUGCUAGCGGCCGGAGGUAUUGCCAAGGGUUGUUGGCGACAAUGGAGUUGAAGAGCCGACACGAUUUGAUCUCGAGGUUGUAUAACAUGGUGGUGCCAUGUAAGGACGAAAUUAGCUUCGAGGUCUAUAUGAAUGACGAUGCAAUGGAUCAUAUAAUCUUUGCCGUGGCGAGGAAGAAAGCUGCCAAAGGAAUGCAAAAGGAUUUGAACGAUUUGCAAAGAUUUGCCGGGAUUUUGGCGCCUCCCAGUGGCAGAAAAUGGGUUCCUGAAGAGUUGAGUGUAAUUUCAGAAUCUAAGGAAGUUGCUGCGGAUUUGAUCACAGAGACCGUUCUUGACCAGGUUUUUGGUGAAAAAUCUUUUGAGAAAUUUGGGAAGUACUUCAUCUCGAUGCACUUCUCAGAUCAGCAUUCAGGCAUGCACAAGAAGAUGCUGUUGUUCAAAUUCGCUCUCCCAGAUGCCAACAACAUGGCAGAUAUUUCUCGUCUGGUCGCACUUGUGCCCUAUUAUAUCGACGCCAUUGGACGUUACAAGCUCAGUUCACAGGCCCGGUCGAAAACUGAAGCUGCCAGGUCCAAGGCUGCUCAAGAGGCAUACAAAGAGCUUCAAAAUGCUAGGCAAGAAGCCCUGCAGAAGAGGAAGGCAGAGAAGAAGAAACUGAUGGAAGAGGCUGAAGCCAAGUUAGGUGCUGAGGCUCUUCGACGGAAAGAGGCGAAAGAUCGCGCCAAGCAGAUGAAGAAAGCAAUGCCGAAGAUAAAGAUGAGCCGCACUCGGUAACGGUAACGACUCGAAUUCUUCACCUGGUUUUCUAAUGUUGUUUCAGAGCUUAGCUGAGAUUCCGGAGUUCAUUGAGAUUUUGAUGAUCAGGUCGUCAUGUACUUUUAGAUUUCAUUACACUAGCUCGUCAUGGCAUAAUAACAGUACAAUAGAAACUAGCUUCGGUUUUUUUUUUAUAAUUUAAAUCUCUGAGGAGAUCAUAUGGCUGAAUAGGAAUUUUACUGAACUGUAAUGUUACUCCAUGGUGAAUUAUAUAUAAACCUCUUUUGAGACGAUCA